CCAUCAGCUUGCUAUGGACAUGGAGAAUAAUAUUGAGAAAUAUCAUAUCAAUUUACAGCCCUUGGAAUCAAAAGUGAAAGUCAUUCAAAGAGCAUGGCGUGAAUAUCAACAACGUCAAGACAUGCAGAGUCAGAACCAUCUGGAAAAGCGCAGUCCUUCACCGCCUUCCUUGUCAUCUGGCAAAAUGAGUAGCUCUAUCAGUAUGAACAUCUUUUCAGAUGACAGUACACCUGAUGGCAUGGAUCUAGGGAGCGACCCCUGCAGCAGCCGCUCCAGCUCCGGAUCCAGUUCCAGCAAAGUGACUCCUUGCUCGGAAUGCAAAUCCUCCCCGUCGCCUACCAGCCUGGACUUGGCUGCUUUGGAGGACUCAGAGGAGGAGGAGGAGGAGGAGGAAGAAGAAGGAGAAGGAGAGGGGGAGGGGGAGGAGGCCGACGAGGAGGACGACUUCCAGGAGUCCGCCGAGAGGCAAGUGAUUGAUGUGUGGAAGGAGGAUGGGGACUGUGCCCGCUGCCAUGCCAAAACCGCCCCUACCAGGAGGAGUUUAGCCCAAGAGCUGGAGGAGCUGAGGAGUACCUGCCUCACCCUCCCCACUGCCACCAUGCCCCCCCCAGCUCCCAGCAGCAACCCUCCUCCCCAGCAUCCCCAGCCUCCCCGUCACCUGCUGGACCUCAGGCACAAUGCCAACGUGGUGCCCCUAUCCAGCCACCGGACUGGACACAAAGGGGGUGGGGGCUACAGCAAAGCCCCCUGCCUCCAGAGAGCCCAGCAGGGAGGUCCUUUGCUCUCCUUCCGCCCCGUGGAGAACUCCUUGGGAGGGAAUGCCUUGAAAGAGCAGGAGCCUCAGCUGCCCACCAUGGACUGGGAAGCCCUGGAGAAACACCUGGCCGGGUUGCAGUUCCGAGAGCAGGAGAUCCGGAGCCAGAAGAGCAACUACACCUCCGCUCAGAAAAAUGAAAGAGAAUCUAUCAGACAAAAACUGGCACUUGGAAGUUUCUUUGAUGAUGGCCCAGGAAUUUAUACCAGCUGUAGUAAAAGUGGCAAGCCAAGCCUUUCUUCUCGGUUACAGAGUGGGAUGAAUUUACAAAUUUGUUUUGUCAAUGACAGUGGAAGUGACAAAGAUAGCGAUGCUGAUGACAGCAAGACUGAAACUAGUCUAGAUACACCGUUAUCUCCUAUGAGCAAGCAGAGCUCUUCCUAUUCUGACAGAGAUACUACUGAAGAGGAAUCUGAAUCCUUGGAUGACAUGGAUUUUCUCACAAGACAAAAGAAACUUCAAGCUGAAGCCAAAAUGGCUCUAGCAAUGGCAAAGCCAAUGGCCAAAAUGCAAGUAGAGGUGGAAAAACAGAAUAGGAAAAAAUCUCCAGUAGCUGACCUUCUGCCACAUAUGCCUCAUAUAAGUGAAUGCUUGAUGAAAAGAAGUUUAAAACCCACAGAUCUGAGAGAUAUGACAAUUGGGCAACUACAAGUGAUAGUCAAUGAUCUUCAUUCACAGAUAGAAAGUUUAAAUGAAGAAUUGGUCCAACUGCUGCUUAUUCGAGAUGAACUGCACACAGAGCAGGAUGCAAUGCUGGUAGACAUUGAAGACUUGACCAGUGUGGCUCCCUAUCAAUUGCAUGGUAAUUUAGCACCAUUGCUACCGACAAGACAUGCUGAAAGUCAGCAGAAGCACAUGACUGAAAAAAUGCCAACAAAAUAAAAUGGGAAGCCAUCUAACUAAAGAACAGACUAGAACUUCUUGCUUCUGUGGUUGUACAAAUGCUGAUGUUCCACAUCUGGCGCACAAGAAAAUCAGUGUUAGCCAUUGAUUAUGGGCACAAUCUACCAAGCAUCAGGAACCCUGCACGAACCCCUCCUUAAGACAAUGGUGGAUGCACAAGAGUGCUUGGUGAAUUGCUCCCUACUAUCUGAAGCUUUAUGUCCAGUGACUGGCCUAAUUGCUUUUUAAUUUAUUUGCUGUUGGUUUGGGGUUUUUUUUUUUACUUGUGCCACUAAAUAUUGGACUUUUCAAUAAUCUUAUUGUAGAACAAAAUGUACAAUACUUAUAAACAUUGCAAACAUGAAAAGAAGGAGGAUAGUUUAACUUUUAUUUUUGUUCAUUUAGAGACUUUUAAGUUAAACAGUACUUUACCAUUGACUACUUUUUAUCAUUUCACCGUAGUUUUAAACAAGAGACUGUAAUUUGAAGGUGCUAUACAAGUAAAAGAAAAAACAUACAUGCCUGCCUCGUAGUGAACUUGUAGCUUUCAGUAAUAUAUAUAUAUUUUACUCAGUUUUCAACAUUUUGUGAAUGUUGACUACCGGAAGUUCAUUUUUAGAUGUGCUAUUUAACAUGCAGUUGGGUUGAAAGAGUUACAUUGAAAGUUUUAUGUAUAAAUAUGUAAAAUAAAAACUAAAAAUUUCUUUCAUAUGAUGCCUUCUUGUUGAUUAGUGGAAACUAUAUGAUGACACAUGGCAUAUAUUUGACCAUUUAUGAAGUUCAUGAAGUCCUACUAUUUUCAUCACCAAAAAAUGUGUGUGCACUUGUCUAUCAUUUUAAACAUUUGCCAUUUUGUUACUCAGCAUACACUGCACAUUCACAAUGAUAGGCAAAUUGAUAAGUUUAAACUUAGCAAAAAGGACUUUGUAAGUUGAAUAAUUAAAAUAACAUUGCUGCUUAACUAUGUAUAAAUUUUGAAUUAAAUGCUAAAUAGCACAUUUGA